AUGGUGAAGACAGAAAUUUGUGGCAAAGGGUCGAGUCAAGGAUCAGAGGAAGAGAGGCUAAGCCAAUUACCUGAUCAUUUGAUAUGUGUCAUUCUGUCUCAUCUUUCUACCAAGGAUGCUGUAAGAACAAGCAUCUUAUCCACAAGAUGGAGAAAUCUUUGGCAAUUGGUUCCUGUAUUGGAUUUCGACUCCCGAGAGUUACGGUCGUUCAGUGAGUUUGUGAGUUUUGCUGGCAGUUUUUUUUAUUUACACAAAGACUCAUAUAUACAGAAACUACGUGUAUGUAUUUAUGAUCUUGCUGGUAACUAUUAUCUCACCUCAUGGAUAGAUCUUGUGACUAGGCAUAGGAUUCAGCAUAUUGAUAUUAGUGUUUUUACCUGUUCUGGCUUCGGUGUCAUACCACUAAGCUUGUAUACUUGUGAUACACUCGUACACUUAAAACUCUCUCGAGUCACCAUGGUUAACGUCGAGUUUGUUUCCUUGCCUUGCCUGAAGAUUCUGGACUUAGAUUUUGUUAAUUUUACCAAUGAGACCACGUUGGAUAAAAUUAUCUCAUGCUCCCCAGUUCUAGAAGAGUUAACCAUUGUCAAAUCUUCUGAAGAUAAUGUAAAGAUUAUACAAGUACGCUCUCAGACACUAAAGAGAGUCGAAAUACAUCGGCGGUUUGAUCGACAUAAUGGACUUGUUAUCGAUACUCCUCUACUCCAGUUUUUGAGUAUUAAAGCUCACUCAAUAAAGAGCAUUGAAUUCAUCAAUCUAGGUUUCACUACCAAGGUAGAUAUUGACGUCAACUUGCUUGAUCCAAACGACUUAUCCAAUAGAAGCAUGACGCGUGAUUUCUUCACCACUAUUUCAAGGGUCAGGUCUCUAGUCAUUAGACAUGGUACUAUCAAGGACAUCUUUCAUUACAUGGAAUUAGAACCUUUGCAACAAUUUUGUUACCUGUCCGAAUUGAGUGCUGUUUGUUCUAUUUCUAAUCUGGAAAUGCUGCUAAAUCUUCUUAAGAGCUGCCCGAAACUAGAAUCUCUCAGCUUGAAAUUGGUUGACUAUGAAAAGAAUAAAAAAGAAGAGGUGAUGUCUUCGACAGUACCACCACCGUGUUUGGUAUCGUCGCUCAAGUUUGUUAAAUUGGAAAGUCAGCUCUUGGGAUGUGGAACAGAACUGAAAGUAGCUAGGUACUUCUUGGAGAAUUCAACAAUUCUGGAGAAAUUGACUCUAAAGAUUGAUUAUAUGUAUAAGGAUGAGGCAAAUGUAAACCACAUUCGCCAGACACUCCAUGCAGUACCAAGAUGCUCUAGUACUUGUGAAGUUGUUAUACAUUCUCUACUUUACUAA